UAAUGUUUGCUAAACUGGCGAGUUAACAAGGGUUGCAACCUAACAUGCACACCCGUUGAAGCUUUCCUUUUAGAACCUGUAGUGACUGUUACACUGUCAGAAUACAAAACCGGAGAGCGGUGCUCAUGGAAGAUUAUAUCGAUACAAAGGUGUUUCAGCAGACAGUAUGAGUGCUCAAAGUCCAGCUUCUUCAGCCAGUAAUGGCAUUACUCCACUCCAACAGAUGGUGGCGUCCUGCUCCGGUGCGGUCCUCACAUCUUUGUUUGUCACACCUUUGGAUGUUGUGAAGAUCAGACUGCAAGCGCAGAAAAAUCCAUUCCCCAAAGGGAAAUGCUUUGUCUACUGCAAUGGACUUAUGGACCACAUCUGUGUGUGUGAAAAUGGCAACUCCAAGGCCUGGUAUAAAGCCCCCGGUCACUUCAGUGGCACACUGGAUGCCUUCAUCAAGAUAACACGUGGUGAAGGAAUCAGGGCAUUAUGGAGUGGUCUGCCUCCAACCCUUGUGAUGGCAGUACCAGCUACAGUGAUUUACUUUACAAGCUACGACCAGCUGUGUGCGGCACUGAGGGUCAGGAUGGGCGACUACGCUCAGGAGGCUCCUCUUUUGGCCGGAGCUAUCGCUAGAGUGGGUUCAGUGACAGUGAUUAGCCCUCUGGAGCUGAUCCGUACGAAGCUGCAGGCUCAGAAGCAGUCGUACAGGGAGCUGACUGCCUGCAUCCGCACUGCAGUGCAGUCAGAAGGCUUGCUGUCUCUCUGGCGGGGUUUGGGGCCCACGCUCUUACGAGAUGUGCCCUUUUCUGCCAUGUACUGGUACAACUAUGAGACUGGCAAGAAAUGGCUGUGUGAAUGGUAUAGCACCAGAGAACCCACAUUUGCCAUUACCUUCCUAUCUGGAGCAGUGUCUGGCUCUAUUGCAGCCAUUGUAACACUACCGUUUGAUGUUGUCAAAACGAAAAGGCAGGUGGAGCUGGGAGAACUACAAGCAAAGAAUUUGUCCUGUCUGGUCUCCUCCUCUACCUUCAGUGUGAUGAGCAGGAUUGUAGCACAGGAUGGCUUUGGUGGACUGUUCAAAGGUUUCCUCCCCAGGCUCAUCAAAGUGGCACCGGCCUGUGCCAUCAUGAUCAGCACUUAUGAGUUCGGAAAGGCCUUUUUCCACAAACACAACCAGGAGAGGGUACUUGGGACACUGCAGACAAGCAAUACCUGAAAGUUUUCCUGUCAUUUCUCUCCAAACCAAACACCACAAGAACUACUGCUAGAUUAUACUUAGAAAGAAAGAGUUUAUGUUGCCAAAUUAAACAAUACAAACAGAAAUGGAAGUGACAAAGAUCCAUUUCUGAAUUAUAAGGUGUUACAUAUUGUCAGAGUUUAUCUUAAAUGAUUUUUAUUAGUAUUUAUAAGCAAAUAUUGUGUGUUUAAUUCACUGCUAGAGAUAACGUGCACACAAGUGAACAGAAAUCUGGUUUUGCAGUGUUCAGAAGACAUGCUUUUAUCAGCCAGCAGAUGGCAGCCACAGUUUUGUUAGAAAUGUGUAAUUUUCUUGGUCUCAUUUGUGGCUCUCUCACUGGGAUCAUGUGCAUUGUGCCUGAAGUCCCUCCAUUAGAAAUGUAAGAUUAAUCUCUGUUUUAUUCCUCCUCUGUCUUCUGAGUCAGUGGAUCCCAAAGAUAUUUUUGCACUUCCACUUCAGUCUCUUUUAACCUGUGAUUACGUAUCAUGCCGGCAUGUGUAGAGCUUUUCAUCUUGACGGGAGACUGUGACACAUGUAAACUCUGCACUAAGAAAAUGCGAAUGUGUUCUCGAAUGUUCAAAAUACAUACCUGAUUAUGAUUGGAAA